AUGGGUCCCAAGCAAAAAGGCGGUGGCCAGAAGCAGAAGGGGAAUGCCGCGGAGGAGGUGGAGGAGACGCUGCAGGCUGUCUUUCUGGCCAAUGCCGGCGUGGAAGAUGUCUUCUUGUACGGCGGGGCUCAUUCGGAUCAGCUGGAGAAGUACAUCAAUGCCUCGAAAUGGAGAGCCCUCUCGUCGCCCUUCAGCCAGCUCAAGUUCCUCAAAUCCACCUCCACCUCCGUCGGCGACGUCAUGCGUGAUCUGGACGGCAAGCACCUCAUCACAGGUGAUUUCAUCCUCGUGUCCGGCGACGUGAUCAGCAACCUGCCCAUCGAGGGCGCACUCACCAAGCACCGCGCGCGUCGCGCAGCCGACAAGAACGCCAUCAUGACCAUGGUGCUGCGCGAAGCCGGCCGGAAACACCGGACCAAGUCCACGUCGAUCUCGCCGGUGUUUGUGAUCGACCCCACCAAGGACCGGUGUCUGCACUACGAGGAAAUCGACGAGCGGGCGGACGACGACCAGCCCGCGCGGCUGAAUAUCGAUACGGAUAUUAUCCUCUCACAUGCGGAGCUGGAUAUUCGUCAGGAUCUCAUCGACUGCAGUAUCGAUAUCUGUACGCCUGAUGUGCUGAGUCUGUGGUCGGAUAGUUUCGACUACCAAUCCCCCCGGAAACAUUUCUUGUAUGGUGUGCUGAAGGACUACGAGCUGAACGGCAAGACGCUCCAUACGCACAUUAUCAGGGAGAACUACGCUGCGCGGGUGCGGAACUUGAAGGCAUACGAUGCCGUGAGCAAGGAUAUCAUCUCCCGCUGGACAUAUCCCUUGUGCCCGGACACUAACCUGCUUCCUGGGCAUACGUACGAUCUGCGCAAGGGCAGUUUGUACCAGGAGCAAGGGGUGACGCUCGCGCGGUCCUGUGUGGUCGGUCGCCGCACGGUGAUUGGGUCGGGGACGAGUAUCGGAGACCGGACGACAGUGCACAACACCGUUCUGGGCCGCAACUGCAAGAUCGGGAAGAACGUUAAGCUUGACGGCGCAUAUAUCUGGGAUCACGUUGUGAUUGGGGACGGGUCAGAUGUCCGUGGUGCUAUUGUUGCGGAUGGCGUCGUGGUCGGUAAGAAGUGUACGGUUGCGCCUGGCGCGCUGCUCUCAUACGGGGUCAAGAUUGCAGAUGGUGUGGCUGUUCCGAGCGGGCAGCGGAUCACUAAGGCCUCGCGGGAUGGCAUGGAUGUUGCCAGUGAUCCCAAGGUUGUUGGCGCUGGUGGAGAAGGCUAUGAGUUCGUACCUGGUGAUGAGGAUGAUGAAGAUGAGGACGCCGCAAGCGAAGCCUCGUCCGGACUUGUUUACCGCAUGCCCAAUCUCUCUCUUUCUUCUGCCUCGAUCUCCACACUGUCAUCGGAAUUAUCAGAAGGAUCCUGGCCACGGUCCGGCCGAAGCAGUUUCUCCAGCGGCGACGAGGAACAAGACAACUUCUACCACGAAGCCUCCUCCAGUGCAUUUGACAUGCUGCGCGAUGACAACGCCGCAGACGUGGUGGUGCUAGAGCUGGUAAGCAUGCGCAUGACCGCCAAUGCAUCCGACCAAGCAAUGCGACGUGCCGUGGUGGUCUCCUUCAUGAAGCACAUCCAGCAAUUGAUGGAAGGCGGCAAGGGCGCCGGCGAAGCUGUCCACGACGUCUUUUCCAAGUACCGCGAGGUCGUGGACCGCUGCUGUCUAUUUGACCGCAACAAGGAAGCGAAGAAGGACCAGGUGGAUCUGCUGCUUCUGCUACAGCAAGACUUGAUCCAUCGCCACAAGGGGGACACGGUCUUGCUGUUUACGGCAAAGGAGCUGUAUGAGCUGGAGCUGGUGGAUGAGGAGGCGUAUGAGCAGUGGUGGAGGGAUGAGCGAUCGACUGCGUCGGAGGAGAUGCGGACUGUACGGGCUCAGGCUCAACAGUUUGUGGAUUGGCUUGCUGAAGCAGAGGAGGAGGAGAGUAGUGAGGAAGAAGAGGAUGAGACCGCCACCAAGGCUGCUUCCGGCCCCGGCCUCGCCACCACGCCCUUGGAACCACCGCGUCCGCCCACACCAACACCUACACCUGCCACAGCGACGACGGGGUUGACUGCGAGGGGCAGCUCCGUGAGCUCUGUUUCGGCAAAGAAGGAUCUCAUCACCUCCGCCACGACCAGCAUGGAUUCAGAUGAUGACUUCAUGUCUGACGUGUCGAGCCAGGAUGACUUUUUGGACACCCAGGACAGCGACAAUGAUAGUCUAGGAGAGGAUUUUGGUGAUCUCGACGGCGGAUUCUCCGACGACAAAGACCUGCUUACCCAAAAGCGAAAACCCUACGAAGUCGAGUUCAAGGUGCUCAACCCUGCAGAUAUCGAACGAGAACAGCUAGCCCAGAUUAGCGAUGUCUCCGCCAUCCUGGGCCUGCCGCCAGAGUCGGCAGCCAUCCUGCUCCGGUUUGGGCGAUGGAAGCGGGAGAAGCUGAUUGAGUCAUACAUGGACCAUCCCGAGACGACGUUGGAGGAUGCGGGCUUGGGGACAAACUUUGAAGGUGCUGCAAAGAUGGAAACCAUCCCGGGGUUCAUGUGUGAGAUCUGUUGUGAGGAUGGCGAGGGCCUCAAGUCGUACGCGAUGCGCUGUGGCCACCGUUUCUGCGUGGACUGCUAUCGUCACUACUUGGCCCAGAAAAUCAAGGAGGAAGGGGAGGCUGCUCGCAUCGAGUGUCCGGGUGAAGGUUGCCACCGUAUCGUGGAUUCUCGAUCGCUUGAUCUCCUGGUCACGAAUGAUCUCAAGGAGCGGUACGUUGGCUGGUAUUUUGAGAGGGGGCUUGGGCUGACUUUUCAUUCAUCCAGAUAUCGGAUCCUGCUGACACGAACAUACGUGGACGACAAAGAGAAUCUACGGUGGUGCCCGGCGCCUAACUGCGAGUACGCGGUGGACUGCCAUGUAAAGAACCGCGAUCUGCGCCGCAUUGUGCCAACAGUGAAAUGUGCCUGCUCGCACGAGUUCUGUUUCGGCUGCACCCUUAACGAUCACCAGCCUACUCCGUGUGGCCUGGUGAAGAUGUGGCUGCAGAAGUGUGAGGACGACUCUGAGACGGCCAACUGGAUCUCGGCCAACACCAAGGAAUGCCCACGGUGCCAGUCGACGAUCGAGAAGAACGGCGGAUGCAACCACAUGACCUGUCGCAAGUGCAAACAUGAGUUCUGCUGGAUGUGCAUGGGUCUGUGGUCGGAGCACGGAACCAGCUGGUACAACUGCAAUCGAUACGAGGAGAAGUCUGGGUCCGACGCCCGCGGUGCCCAAGCCAAGUCGCGCGCCUCGCUGGAGCGGUACCUACACUACUAUAACCGGUAUGCAAACCACGAACAGUCCGCCAAGCUAGACAAGGACCUCUAUCUCAAGACCGAGAAGAAGAUGACUAGCCUGCAGUCGCAGUCGGGCCUGUCGUGGAUCGAGGUACAGUUUCUGGACACGGCUUCGCAGGCGCUACAGCAGUGCCGGCAGACCCUGAAGUGGACGUAUGCGUUUGCCUUCUACCUCGCGCGCAACAACCUGACCGAGAUCUUCGAGGAUAACCAGAAAGACCUGGAGAUGGCGGUCGAGAGCUUGAGUGAGAUGUUCGAGAAGCCCGUCCCGGACCUGGCGAACCUCAAAGUCGACAUCCUGGACAAGACGGCUUACUGCAACAAGCGCCGCAUCAUCCUGUUGAGCGACACUGCCGAGAACCUUAAGAGUGGUACGUCUUCCCGUCUUUCUUUUUGA